AUGACAGCGACCCCACCAGACGGCGAGCCCGGAUCACCCCAGACAAUAUUUUCCGCCGGGGAGUUCCUCGACAGGUCGGACGAGGAGGAUCCAGCUCUUGCUGGCUCCGUUGUGCGCCCGAUGUCCAUCUCCUCGCGCCCUGGGCUUGGCCGGAACGGGCAGGUCGUUCACCUCGGCCAAACGUCGAAUAUCUGCCUGCUCGAUCUCGAGAGUCGAGUGCCCAGCGAUACAGUGCACUACCCGCUAUCCGGCCGAUUAAAUUGCGGUAGUAGUAAAGCCACAAAUGAACAUAAGAUCCUGCAGAAGCUAGGGGCAUUUUUGCUUCCGCCACGCGCGAUAUGCGAUGCUAUCGUCCAGGCCUUCUUCCAGUGGGUGUUUCCAAUCUUGCCGAUUUUAGACACGGCCGAGUUUAUGGAACGGUACGAGGAUGUGAAGAAUCCGCCAUCUAUACUUCUCAUGCAGGCUGUGCUGCUCGCUGGAACGAGGGCUUGUAAGGAUCCGCGCCUGCUCGAUAAGACUGGUUCUUCGGCUGCAGCUGCGCGGAUCUUCUACAAGCGCGCGACAUCACUGUUUGAGUUUAAUUAUGAGGAUGACCGUAUUAUCGUUACGCAGGCUUUGAUGUUGAUCGGUUGGUACUGGGAUGAUCCGAAUGAGCCGCUGAAGGACCCAUUUGACUGGACAAGAAACGCAAUUUCUGUUGCAUACGCCGCGGGACUACAUAGAAGCGUGGCGAAAUCGCAGCUCCUGGAGUCAGAGAAGCGUCUCCGAACUCGAAUAUGGUGGGCCCUCUUCACGCGAGAUAGAAGCAUCGCGAUAUUUUACGGCCGACCACUAGGCAUCCAUCUGGAGGACUCGGACCUUGAUCCUCUUGUGCGGAGCGACUUCGUCGAGGGAGGCAGCCUCAUCCUUACCGAAGUUCAGAUUGAAUUUUUCACCCAAUAUGUCCGCCUGUGUGAAACCAUGGAGAACAUUGUGUCUUACUACAACAGGGCCUCGAGAUCCUCAACAAAGAGCAUAAGCGGCAUUGUUUACUAUGACCUCUCCUUAACGAAUUGGCUGGCCAACUGCCCGCCAGAGCUGCGAUGGGAGUCCUCACCGCAUGACUUUUGGUCUGCCCUCUUGAAUAUCACAUACUGCUCGGUGCUUUGCCAACUUCACCAAUUCAACUGUUUCAAAACGUUCGGAUUCCCGACAAACCAGGUAUCCGGCACCAUCGACAUAUCGUACGAGAUCGCUCUUUACGCAGCCAAGAUGAUAACGGAGCUGCUUGAGCGAUUCCAAGCUGAGCAGGAGAUGCAGUAUUGUCCAGCAUUCAUUGUCUACUCGAUAUAUUCGGCACUCUCAAUGCACGUUAUUCAAACCCGGCGAUCUUCGCCGCAGGAGACUCGCAGGAACAAACAACAAAUCGACACCUGCAUGCGCGCCUUGAGGCAGGUUUCUCGUGUCAUAUACAGAGUUUUCGAAGCGAUGGUGGGAGAUAAGACUGCGAGCCCAACCGCGAUCGCAACCCCGUGCGUGAACGAUGUUGUGAAGCAGCUCCAGACUUCAGUCUAUCUUCCUUCGGAGACGUGA